UAUGAAAAGCCUAUAGAUACCACAACUCCAGAAGAAAUAAAGAAUGAAAUUAUGCAUAACCUUCAUAUAGUUUCUUGGUUAGUUUUAAAUCAACAUUUUUUUAAAUUAGAUGAAGAUCCUGUUAUUUUAGCACAUCGUUUCUUAGAAGAUUCUCAAAAUGAUA